AUGACUUCUCCCCUGCCCCCUCUCCGCCGCAUUAUCACAGUUCAUAACGACGCAGGCCAAACGAUUAUCAAGUACGACGACAGAGUUACUAACAAAAUCGUGCCCUACAGCGUUACUUUGAGGAGUUUGUGGACUACCGAUACCUCUCCCGCCAAUCUCUCUUCUCUCGAUAAUGCCAAUGCCAAGGUUAGAAUUGUCAACAAUGGUUCUAUCUUUCGAAUUGUUGACUUUCCGCCUAGGAGCUCCGGGCAUGUCCACCGCACAAUUUCUAUAGACUAUGUCAUCGUCCAGAAAGGAAUGGCCGUUUUUGUUCUCGACGAUGGAAGCAAAACACUGGUUGGUGAGGGAGACGUCAUUGUGCAGCAAGGAACUGUGCAUCGAUGGGACAACCCUACUGAUGAAUGGGUUUGUUUACUGUUUGUCUUGCUUCCGGCAAAAGCGCCCGUGGUUGCCGGGAAGAAACUGAAGGAUGAUGCAUCGUCCCUGGGCACGUAG